UGCUCUAGACCGGUUCAAGGCCUUCUACAAUAACAGGAUUGUGCCAGAGUUAGACAACAUGUUUGAGAACAUACCUAAUUUUCCAUUAAAAAUAGAAAAGAUGCUGUACGAUGGUCCAAACGGAAUCUACAAGAAUGGAGCUCCUGACGGAUCUAGACCAGGAAUUUUCUACGCAAAUGUCAAUUCUAAAGUGCCGACAUUCGACAUGGCAGCUUUAUUGCUUCACGAGACUGACCCGGGACACCACCUACAAGAUUCCUACGCUCUCACCGCUCAGGGUAUACCGAUCUUCCGGAAAGUAACAGAUUUCUCCAAGUAUUUCGGUGUGCCUCUGCAUUUCCCUUUCUACACGGCAUAUUCUGAGGGAUGGGGACUGUAUUCUGAAGAUUUAGGCGAAGACCUUAAUAUUUUUAAAGACGAUAUGGAAAGGUUUGGGAAAUACGGCUUGGAAAUAUUUCGUGCAGCUCGGCUUGUUGUGGAUACAGGUAUUCAUGCUAAAAAUUGGUCACGUGAUCAUGCGAUUGAAUACAUGACCAACUACACAGCUUACACUCCGGAAUUUAUUGCCAAGGAAAUAGAUCGUUAUUCCACAUGGCCAGCCCAAGCAACAACUUACAUGAUCGGAAAACUGAAGAUACGGGAACUUAGGAAAAGAGCGUCUGAACGUCUCUGUAACUUUGAAAAAGACAAAUUGAUAAAACCAUUACACAGCGUUAUCCUAAGCAAUGGAGCUAUGCCUAUAAGUGUGAUGCAGGACGAAUUUAAUGAGUGGAUCAAGAUGGAGUUGUUGAAGAAUGUACGGAAAGGAACAUGUGUAAAGGAUGUGACGGACAGAGUCGAACAGUUCCACAAUAUCCAGUCUUUCGUUAUCUUUAUGUGUACAUUUAUUGCUGUUUUGUACACAACUGAUGUCUGAUUCAACCAAUUUAUAACCGGCUUUACCAUUGUUUUUUAGCUAAUAAUGUGGUCAGUUCUAGCACGACCCUAAUUAAUGUAAAGAAUCACUGUUAAAAUUAAGUUAUAGCGGCGCAUUGGAAAAGAAAACCGAACGAAACGGGAUGGUGUCCUAGACAAGAUUUAAUUCAACGACAAAAUCACUGUUUUGGAUCAUAUUAUGUCUUAGUAAUCAUUUAAACAAUGUUAUUAUAAGUUUUUCUUAUAGAAAAAUAUCGAAGACUUCGGCUGAGGAACGAUUUCGAUGAGAGUAUUAAUAUUCCAUUGCAAUUUUUUGUCAGUUUCAAUAAAAAAGUUAAAAAGUUUCA